AAGAAACCCAAAAAAGAAAAGAGAUUUAAGAGAGAGAGAGAGAGUGGAACCGCCCUUUCCUUCCUUCCUUGUUGGGCAUUUUUUUGUGUGUAUGUAAUGCAUAUGAUAUUCUGGGGAACCUAUACAAAAUUCUCUACUUGUUUCCAAUUCGCUUCUUCAUUCGUCUCCUCCCUCUGCUUCAUAUUAACUUAGCGGACACUGGGAGUUUACGGGGCAAAAGAAAGAAAGAAAGCAGGAGCAGCGACGAGCGAUCGAUAAUUCAAUUGACAAUACGGUCGCCAUGAGGAGAACACACUCGACGAAGCUCUGCUGUAGCCAUUGCGGUUGCUGCUGCUGAAAAUCGAACCAGAGAAGAAGAACAGAAGAAGAAGAAUGGAGUUUGCUUACCAGCCAUACAUUGAUCCCGAUUUCGAAUCACUCAUCGAAAGAAUCUACCCUCCCAGGGUUUGCGUCGACAACGACACAUACCCAGAUUGCACGCUUGUUAAGGUGGAUAGUGCAAACAAGCAUGGGAUUCUGCUGGAGCUGGUUCAAGUUUUGACAGAUCUCGACCUUGUCAUCUCCAAGUCGUACAUUUCUUCCGACGGCGGAUGGUUCAUGGACGUCUUCCACGUGACCGAUCAGCUUGGGAAUAAACUCACCGACGAAAGCCUCAUUCUCUACAUACAACAGGCGAUUUGUGCUAGUAGGAGGGUCCCGAACCAAACCGGUCCGACCAUCAAGAGGCAGGUCCGACCCAGCCACGUCUCCUCCUCCUCCUCCUCCGACCACACCGCCCUCGAAAUCACCGGCAUCGACCGGCCCGGCCUGCUGUCCGAGAUCUCCGCCGUGCUCGCCCAGCUGGAGUGCCACGUCACUGCUGCCGUGGCGUGGACCCACAGCGGGCGGGCCGCCGUGAUCAUCUACGUGGAGGAGGGCCGCGGCGGCGGGCCCAUCGUGGACUCGGGGAGGCUGGCCCACGUCCAGGAGCAGCUGGAGAACGUGGUGGAGGCCCACCACGGGACAGGGGAGAGGAGGAGCGUCAGGCUCACGGACCCCAAGCUGGGCCGGACCCACACCGAGAGGCGGCUCCACCAGCUGCUCUACGCCGACCUGGACUACACGCGCUGCCAGGGCUGCAACGAUGCGGGAGAUUCGGGGUCCGUUCACCGCCGGGAUUGUGCCAAGAUCCACGUCACCAUCGAGCCGUGCGAGGAGAAAGGCUACUCCAUCGUCAAUUUGAGGAGCGCCGAUCGGCCCAAGCUGUUGUUCGACACGGUCUGUGCCCUGACGGACAUGGAGUACGUCGUGUUCCACGCCGCGGUCAGCUCCCUAGGAACGUUGGCCGAUCAGGAGUAUUUCAUAAGGCAGAAGGACGGGUGCACGCUGGAGAAGGAGAGCGAGAGGCAUAAGCUGAGCCAAUGCUUGAUCGCUGCAAUUGAACGGAGAGAUUGCGAUGGAUUGAGGCUGGACGUAUGCACGAUGAACAGAAUGGGGCUGCUGUCGGAUGUGACGAGGGCGUUCAGGGAGAACGGGCUGUCGAUAUCGAGAGCGGAGGUCGGGAGGCAUGGGGAGAUGGCCAUCGGGUCGUUCUACGUGACCGAGGCUUCGUCGGGAGGGAGCUACGUGAGCCCGGAGACGGUGGAGCAGGUGAGGAAAGAGCUCGGGGAGUCGAUCGUCGUCGUCGACAAGUUGCCUUGCUGGAAUGGGGAGGUGAAGCCAACUGCAGCAUCAAAGCCCUCAACCCGUCGUCAUGAUGGCAGUGCUGGUGGUGAGAAGCCGCGCUUCUCUUUGGGGACCUUGUUUUGGGCACACUUGGGUUGGCUUUCCAGUAACUUUGGGUCGUCCAUUCGGUCAUGAGGAAAGGAGGUUUCAGGCUAUCGCUGACGUCGUGUUCUGUAAAUAUUCAGCAAAUAGUUCUUUCUUGUUUCUUCCUUCCCUUGUUUUGUAUAUAAAAUCCGGUUCUAGUUUUACAUUUCCUCAGUGCUGCUCAUGAAUGCAUGAUACCGUUAGAGCCUUGAGAGACCGGCUGUCGUUUCACCCGGCGGAAAAUCUCAAUU